AUGGAACAAAUCUACGAUGUCUUGUUCUUCAAAAUCACUCAACAAGAACUAGCAGAAGACACGGCGCUUUCAGAAGCUGUGGACAGCAUGUUCCAAUUAGACUUUAUUCAGGUCGGCCUUCCUCCAAUAUUAGGUGCAAAGAAGCGUGUAACCCAGGCCAUUGCAGAAUUCGAAAGAAUUGGAUCUUACCGUACCCCUGCCGACAAACUGGAUUCUCUUCUCACGACAAUAUCAAGGCUGACAGACGGUAUAAUGUCUGAUUCUCAACAGGGACUUGACUCGGAUUCAUUAAUUCCCUUGAUGCUCCUGACUAUCAUCCGUAGCCGUGCCCCUCACCUAAGAGCCAAUCUGAACUACAUGAAAGACUACUCAUUCGAACGAAACACGGUUACCGGUCAAUACGGUUACGCACUCAUCACUCUCGAAAGCGUUCUGGACUACAUCAUCGAUGCACAUAGACCACUGUCUGAAAUUGCACGCGAGAACCAAGCGUUCUGGACUGCACUUGACCAAGGUAAUCUCGACAGAGUAAAAAAAGUAACAGCUGAUGAACGAUCAACACAACCACAACCACAACCGCAACUAUUAUCAUCGUCAUCGUCAUCAUCUAUCUCUCCUCAUCUUCCUUCUUCUUCGUCCUCGGCUUCUAUUUCUGCUUCUCGCCGGACAUCUUCUUCAAAUCUUUCGAUCGCAAGAUCUUGUCUGCUACUUAGCAACACAAUCUACGACGCUCGAGAUCACAAGGGAAACAACGCACUUAUGCUGGCCUGCCGUGGAGGGCAUGUCCAGACUGUCGAGUACGUCUUGUCCGUGCGUGAGCCCAUCAAUGCUCAAGACCUCAAUGAUUCCAAAGAAACCCCCUUGAUGAUGGCGCUUGAGGCCCAGUCCAUCAAGACAGUCAAAUUGCUCCUGAAAGAUCCCUUUGUGGUCGCCACAAUCGACCACGUCAGUGACACCCAAAAGACUAGUCUGAUUCUGGCUAGCCGGAUCCAGGAUCCUGUUUUUGUCAAACUUUUGGUGGGCGCUGAUCUUGAUGUUGUCAAUCUUGGGGCUAAUGGGCCUUCUUUUUCGCCCUCGUCAUCGCUGCUGAGUCAGGAACAUAUCACCAAGGCUUUGUAUGCGGCCUGCCUGGCCAAUUGUUCAGAUGUGAUCAGAUACCUACUGAAAUUUAAUCCUCGAUUGGAUCUACCAAACGACCGAGGCGAGACUUUCUUUCAUCUCUGCCGUGAUUCAGACAUUGUUCGAGAGUUGUUGUCGGUGCUCAGCAAACCCGAUCUUACGACUAAUGACACUCUUAUACAAAGUUGUGUGGAUGCAUUGGACAGCCAGAAAAGAACACCGCUGUUGGUAUGGGCAGCAAAGGGAAGACCAGACCUGGUUGAAUUGUUUGUGCCGGUGGCAAAUCCGGACCGACUCGAUUGUCAGGGAAGAUCUGGACUUCAUUUGUUGUCCAUGGUACGCUGGACAAUUCCGGCAAACACCAACAGCAAGUUCGUGCUGAGUCGGUGUAUUCAUGACUUGGUAAAAAAACUUGGGCAUCUGAUGCAUCUUGCUGACUGGGCUGAUGGGAACACGGCAGUUCAUCUUGCAGCACAGACAAUGAAUCUGCGGCCACAAGUCUGGAUUACUGAGUUGGUCAGACAGGGGGCAGAUCUGACAAGAGUCAAUAGAUUUUUAGAUCGACCACUGAAUCUCUGGCGUGGCACUGACAGAUCAUUUUUACAAGAUACGGUUGUUCCCACACUUGACCACCUCAUUGAGCCAUUGUUGCUCCUUAGUCCUAGACUACUUGAAGAUGCAGUGCAAUGUCUGGAUAGAAUGCUCGCGUGGUUAUUCUUUCAUCCCUUACUGCGACACACGCACAUACUCCAUGCAUUUGUGCGUCUACCGGACUUGAAGAGAGAUGUUUUUGCUCAUCAUGCUUUUGUACGUCGUCAAUUGAGGAGUCAAAAUGUAGAAUCAAGUGUACAAGAAAAGGGAGAGGAUUACUUCUUCAAGUAUGCUAGACAAAUGCUGCUACCGCUCAGAGAUAGUCUGGGUAAAGUACUUCACCAAAGUCGACAAGUUGAGCUAUGUAUUCGAGGUACUGAGGUUAGCAGACGGGUUGUUGCCAACGAUUUGAAAACCAUGUCUUUAGGACAACCCGAGUUAAGGGAAAUGCUUAACAUUGUUUCCCUGUGUUGUAAUGGAACGUAUUCUCCUUGGGUGGAAUUUAUUGGAAUAGUCCAGAAUAUGCACAGCCUUGCCAGUGGUGUAUUGCUUGCUCUGGAAUAUCCUCUUUGCCUAAUAGAUCAACAAACGGAGCUGAGAACUCAUUUGGAAAGACAGAGGGAUGCACUCCAACACCACAAGGCGUGGACUUUGUUUAGUCAAGAAAACAAGCAGCUCAACCAUGAAAAGACAAAGGUGGUAGAGACAUUGGGGGCAGUUGAAAAGACAUCUUGUGAAAUCGGAGAUUCUCAUCAGCGUAUAUCAGAUGAACUGGCACAUUUCCAGACCAUUCAGCCACGAUAUAUAAGCCGAGCUUUGGGUAGAUUGGCAAGGCAGCAGUUUGAGAGAGAAAAGGUGAAUCUCAAAGUAUUGCUGAUGGCCAUGAACGACCUCAAGUGUGUCUCUAAGGAGGAACCACCGAAAAUGUGA